GAGGAUCGAGAACCAACCGGCGACUCAGGAAGGCAGUGCACGCCCGACUGCCGACACGAGCGGAUGGCGUACGUUGCCGCUCGCGCCACGAUUACCUCGUGAUUUUCCUUUCUGUCAGAGAUACCGUCGGUCACCGUUGUCGAUCUCUUGUGACGAGUCACACAGUACUCUAAACUAAACCAUCUAUUGCGAUUGCACACAGUCGGAGUCUUCAAGUUCGUUUGUGACUUUGUGUGCCGCGCUUCGAUCGCGGAAUAAGAAAAAAACAAACGAACGAGCGAGAGACAACAUAAAAGGAAAUAAAGAAACGGAGAAGGCGAAAGGUAGAUUUUCCCCUUUGAUCUUUGUCUCUGGUCGUCGAAUUUCAUCGUGGUCGUUUCGUGUUUUGUCAUCGACGAACAUCGCGUACGUACACGCUUUAACACCACGUGUGUGCGCACGCACGCACGCACCAACUCCAACGACGCACGUAUUUACUAUAUUAUCAGGCCCGCGCGGCUGGCGUACGGGGCGCCCUCCAAAAGUCGUGUGUGCGCGUGCAACCCUACCGGAGCCCGCUGACGUUGGUUACCAUAGUAGCGCGCGUGCCGAUCAGCUGAUCGUUGGGAUCCGAGCGUGUUCGACCGUCGGCAGUCGGCCAGCAGCGGCUCCGUCCACUCGUUUCAUGCGUUCGUGCAACUCGUUUGCCUUUCGCGCCGUGAUUUAGUGAUCAACCAACUAUUUCGUCAACAUCCCAUCUCCCAUUGUGGCAACGCAUAGUUCCAGGAAAAUUCUCGAUACAACUAGGCAAACUUGAAUAGAUCGUACAUAACGGUCGGAUCAUCCUUUUAUUCGCUGUUUUUGCGGUUAGAAGGAUGCACUGUUACAUUGUAUCCGUACUGUCAAUCUAAUUAGCCAAGUAAACGACCAGACGUUGGCUCAAGUAUGAUUUGAGGUAGCCAAAGCCGAACUAAGUAUGUUGUUCGAGUAAUUCAUUUAUGUGCUUGUGACAAGGAAAACCAAAGCAUUUCGAGAUAUGCCAUUGCAUACGAUUAUCGAGACCUUGCCAUGAUUUACGUCACGCAUUUUAAAUUCAACCGUCCAGAAGCGAAAUUCAACGGAGAUAUGUCCAGCGACAGUGGAUUCGAGUAUUAGAUAUCAUGAUUUGUUUAAUUAAGCGUUGUAAAGUAUCCCGAUUGAAACAUCGAAUCAGUUUUGUUGUCGAACGUUUUCAAAUUACAUUCGAACAAAAGUUUAUAGAACGUAAGAAACAAGCUUGGUGAUGGUCGCUGCGUAUUUCUAACCGCGCCCGAUAAUCGAAACUAUGUUCGAUAAAUAAUAACAAUAAACACAGGCCGUCUCUCGAAGCAGUAAUUUACCGUGCGUUAUGUUUUCAAUAGCGUUGUCAGGUGACCUUAUGUACGUGACUAACCGUGCGACCAUCAAUGACACGCUACAAAAUCAACAAAACAAACUUAAACUGAAAAACGAUCACUCAUUCAAGUAGAUAUCUCGGGGAACUACGAAGAACGCCCUUGCCACUUCUCGUAAUCGAUUAAUUUGCAAAUGAAACAAAAUACAAUCACUUGAAUUAAAUCGAUGUAUCACAGUAUUCGCAAAAAUGAAUCAUUUCGAAUCGAUCGAUCAGAAGAUGGUGUUGUAGUGCAGUUUGGAAAAAAUAUCGAUAUAUCGAUAUUGUUUGGUGUCAGGUGUCGUUAGACUGCAGUGAACGAUGGCCACACAGUCUUCGUACGAACGAAAUGAAGAACAAAACGCGUCGAAAUUGGAAGUAACGGUUGUGGUGAAUGAUAAUUUUCAUUAAAACAACAUUCAGGCUCGCUUGGUAAUCGGAUAUCGCAGAAUGUGAAAGCUUUUUUGUACGGACACAAAUUUUUGACAAUCGUUUGUACCUGUGACGAAUCACUUGACUGCAUGAACCAGACUCCGUGUGAAUAUGUGAAGUGACUGAAUUCUUUUUUUAUCGAACUUUCGUCAAAAGUGAUUUUUCGUUUUAUUUCGUGCUGUGCCUGCAACUGCAUCUUUAUGCGUCAAUUGCAACAAUGACAAUUCGAAGUAAUUUCUCGUUCACGCGGAAACUCUGUGAUAGCCAAUGCCAGAAACGCCAUUACUCGGAUUAAGUCAAGUGUGAGAAGAUCGGUUCCUGAUAUCAUCUUGAUAGAAAGCUUGGUGACGUACGCCGAACGGGCCAGUAUUCAUGCCAGUAUGCCAAUCAGAUGCCAGUAGAGAGCCAGUAUCUGUAUCUGUCGCCACCGAUAGCCAAUUAAUAAGUUACUUAGAUAGUUAAAUUAAUAGACGAUACAUCACACGCUGUUUUAUAUAAUCGUUGUUAGAAGACGUCGCUUAAUAGGCGUAACAAAUAUACACGUAUAUAUAUUAUAUAUACAUACACACACGUACAUAUACGCAUAUAUAAAUAUAAUAUAAUCGAAGAAGCAAUAAGUGUCGAAUCGCGGGCUAUUAUUUUCACGUCGUACUUUUUUUUUUCUACCACCACAAUUUUCUCCGCUCGUUCAUUGGUUUGAUUUUUUAAAUUAUCGGUGACCGCGUGUUCUCUUUACGAGAGUAUAUUCGUAAGAUUGGACAGAGUGCAAUCGAGUUGUGAUUAUCGAAGUGGACUGACCGAUCGAUUUCUCGGCUGUGAAGUGAAUUAAUACCCCAGGAAAACGAUUGAAACGGAGAAAGGAAGCGAAUAGCGUACACAGGCGAGCACGGUGGCUGGAAACGGUGACUUACAUCGAGAGCGCCAACCUGCAAUCAAGGUUCAUGGUUUUCAUGGAUGAGAGCGAGCUCUCGAGCAAGCGGUGGGCCAGUGCGCCCCGCCGCCCGGACAGCCCCUGCGUCCUGGGGGCACCAACGUCUAGGGAGGCGGCGGGACCACCGGUGCAACUGGAACCAGUGGAUCUGUCCGUGAAAACUCCUGUGGUGUUGCAGGUGCCUCGGUAUAGUCCAGCGGCUAUAAUUACCGCCGCGGCUAGAAGAAUCCCUUCACCUUCGACGACGCCUACACCGCCGCCGCUCUCCAUAUCUACGGUGUCGCCGCCUUUGCCGCCUCUGGGAGAAACAGCGUGGGAGAGAAACCGGGAACGAGAGCGCGAGAGGGUGCGAGAGAGGAGCACGGAGAAUGAGCACAGGGAACGGCAGCAAGAAAGAGAAUCAGGGAUCAGAGAGAGGGAGCCGCGGGAUCGAGAAAAGGAACGGGAUCGCGAUAGGGAGAGGCAAAGGGACAGGGAAAGGGACAGAGAGCGGGACGUGUCGGUCCGCAUGAUGGAACCGCUCGAUCCUGUCUUCGUUUCCCCCUCGGCGGCCCUACUCGCGUUACAGAGGAUAAAGGAAACGUCCCUGGUGUUUCACAAGCGUCCCGCGCUCGCGAGUGGGUUAGGAAUCGGUGGCAGAAUGAACGCCGGUGUUGGAGGAAACGGCGGUAGUUUAGCGGUGGACAACGAAUGCGGCGACGCGUUGAAGAGACGCAAAGUUCACCGAUGCGACGUAGCGGGCUGCGACAAAGUGUACACGAAGAGUUCUCAUCUGAAAGCUCACAAGAGAACUCACACCGGCGAAAAACCGUACCAGUGCACAUGGGAAGGUUGCACGUGGAAAUUCGCUCGUUCUGACGAAUUAACACGGCAUUACCGCAAGCAUACGGGCCAGAAGCCGUUCAAGUGCCAUCUUUGUCAGCGAUCGUUUUCGCGGAGCGAUCAUUUAUCGCUACACAUGAAAAGGCACUGAUAAAGAGGACCAUCUAGCCGUUGGAGGAAAGAUAGAGCAGACCGAAGAAGGGGUAGAGACCGUUUUGUCUCGGGAAACCGGGACACGAAUCGUGAUCGUGGACGACGACGAUGAUUCUUUUUUUUUUUUUUUACAUUCGGGACCUGAAGAGCCUCGCAUCGUUGCUCGAAUCGUUUUCAACAAGAACGUGAAGAGUAGGAGGCGGAAACUAGGAGAAAAAAAUGAAGAAGCAAACGAAUCGUUCAUUAGGUUUAGAGGUUUAAUCUAAUGGAAGUAUCAUUGCAAUUAUUGGUGAAUAAUCGUGCGACGAGCCUGCUAGCAAUCGUGACAACGCGAAUCGUUGAAAUUUUUUUACUUUGUUUCUUGUUGUACUGCCUCUGUGGGAGACAAAUUUCUAUUUUCGAUUUGCGUUGUUUUUUAUGGCGAACGUACGUAGCGUAAGAAUCGUUGAUAUUUAAAAUAUUCGAUGGAAAAUUAUUUAUUCUUUGUGCAGGUGUAUUUAAAAGAAAAACGGAUAUCGAACGAAGCAUAGCUUCGACGAUAGAAGAAAAAAAAAGCGAGCGUAGAUAGUAGAGAGGAGCGAUUGCUGCGGGUUUUCCGCAAGUAGCACGCGGUCACUUCUGUUUUUAAUUCUAGCCAAUUUUUACUUGUUCGUAUGUCCAGUUUGUUUCCAUUUUUUUUUUUUUUUUUUUUUUACGGUUAAAUAAGGCCAGCUCAACUAGUCUAGAGCACCAUAUGUAUCGUCUAUUGCGAAGAAUAGAGCCAGUAAAAGGAGAAGAAGGAAGUAAUAUCGUUAAGGUAAUUAAACGGUUAAUAAUUAAAGAGAAUAUCGAACUCCGGUGACGGAGCUUGGGACUUAGCAUGCUCAGUUAAAUAAACUACAAAUCGUGAUCGUUAAACAUUUUUUUAAUGCAUUAAAUAGCGAUUUAUCAGAUUAUGCACAAAGAAUUUCGCGUUUAGGGACGGACAAUCAUCGAUGUUUUCAUUGUCAAAGAAAACAAGGGAAUUUGACGCUCUGAAAGCCAGUAUUACGUGUGCAUUAAGCAAUAGAAUUGUGUAUACUAUCGACGGCAUUGCGAUGCUUUUACGAGUCUUUCUUUCGUUCGAUCAUGCAAAAAUUUCUUCGGUCGUAUCGGUAAAGAAUCCGGUAUGCCUUUUCAGCCAUGCGUAUACACAAACAAGGUGCCAAAGUAGAAGGUGCAAACGUAUUGUGCGAACGAAGAUGUCCAUUGAUACAUUACGCUCAAUUGUUAAAAAAGAGAGAGAAAGAGAGAGAGAGAGAGAGAAGAAAGCAGAUCGAAGAAUUAUUUUUUAAACGCUUUUGCAUCCCGUUCGUCGAACACGUCACCGCGAUACACGUCUCGUCGAAUCGUGCCACGUGUCAAGCAUCGUCACGAAAAGAAGAAUCGAGCGUUUCCUGCUCGAUUUCUGCACAUUUUAUUUUGGCAUCUAUUACGAAACGAGAUAGCUCAAGGAAAAUACAUUCGAGGCCAAUAAAAAGAACUUAAUCUUCGCUCGUGAAACGAACGAGGAAUUAAAAGAAGAAAAAGAAAAUGAAAAGAAACGCAGAACGUAUGUCUACGUUCCUCGUGGUUUUGAGAAAAGGAGUACGUGUAUCAGAGUUCGUGUAAUUGAUGAUGCACCGAGUCGGCUGUUCAAUUGUCGUCAAUCUAAAUGCGUCAAGUGCAUAAGCGAAUUACGAGCCUGAAAGUAACGUUAUCAAAGAAAUUCUAUAUAUAUAUAUCAAAACAUAUCGUACGAAGGCAUCGACUCUGUGCGUCGCAAGUGUAAAACCACGGUAACGUCACGCGAUACGUUCUUAAACGAAGCUACUCGAAGGAGAAGGUGCAAUAGGAAACACGAUGUUAUAAAGGGUCUGUUGGCUACGCUGAAAGUAUCGCGCGAUACCGCAUUAUUGCAUUUUUUCCUGCGAGUGACUACGUCGAGGGGAAGUUAAGUUUCCCGUGGCGUUAGCCAGAUGUAUCGCACGAGAAUCGGAUAGCUCGCGAAUUGCAAGCUUGUAAAUAGUUUAGAAACCUUGAGUAACGCGACGUCUGCGUACGUAUAGCACAUGUGUAGCAUUCCCCCGUUUUCUUCGAACCUGUAUCUUUUUUUUCAUUUUAAUGUUUUUUUUUUUUUUAUUUUGUUUCCUUUGCCACCGCGUCAGUAACGUGGCUAAAGGUAGGCAAAACACAAGAAGACAAAACAAAAACUAUUUCGAAGUUAGUUGAAAAAAGAAAAAAAAAUACGAUGGAACAAGAUGCCAGUAUAUGCUAGAGCCAGUUUAUAUCGUUAAAAAAGAAGAAAGGAACCUCUACGUGUAAGAUUAGUGCGAAGAUUGAUAAAUUAAUACUUGUUAUGUGUUGUAUUUUGAUAGGGAAUAGUGCCUUUUAACGUUAAGGAAGAGAACGCUGCGUUAGGCCUUAAGUAUACUGUUAGUGCCUUAAGUCACGCGAAUCUUCGUGCUUGUACACAUUUCAUAACGCGACCAUUCGAAUCCUCGUCCAGAGGACCAGUGAGAUAUAUCAAGCGUUGCUUUAUUCGGUCGAGAUUCAUGGAAAUCAAGUUACAAGAUUCUCGAUACUCUCGUUUAAAUGUCGUUCGAAACAAACGAGGAAAAUUUCGCUAAUCGUAUUAACCGAAUCUUCAUAUCUUACGUAAAUUUAAUUCGAGAUCCUUGCUUUCGUUGUUCCUCCUUCGAUUCACUGUUGCCAAUUGCUUCGUCUUCAUCCUACUUCGACAUCUACGAUUUCUAUCAUUCUAUCUGUGAUUUUCAUCCGAACGAUCGAUCGCGAAACAACGAAUCACGUUCGAUGGAAAAUUCGUUGGAAACGCUCGUCAGAUAUUUCUCACCUGUUCAAGAAGCAUCCUUUCGUUUCGUAAAGCCCACAGCGAUUUGCGUCGAACGACAAAAUACAUAAGUACCACAUACUCCGUUAUAGACCCGCAGGGACGACCACGCCCCUGGUUGAUGGUAUGAAUAAUUUUCCUGUGAUCGUCACUGCGAAAUUCAAUCCGAAAAUGAACGAGGUGCCACCCAGGAUGCCAUUCUACGAUCUUGAUGACUGAUACCGUUGUACCUUUCCUGUAAGGGAUUUCUUCGGCGGAACAGCCGUCAGUAAUCUGAGCAGAGCGAGGGCGAUGAGAAAUGCAUACUGACGUCAUGCCGACACCCUCUUUGAUCAUUAUCAUUUUUUUCACUGUGAGCUCGUGCCGAGUCGUACGCUUCUUAACGAUACAUCCCAACGUUGUGCCGUUAUAUCUCCACCUCGGGACGAUUCAUUUCGGCUAAUUGUCGACGGGGUGAUAAAACGAUAUUGUUUCCGGUUAACUUUUGCCCGUGAAGCCUCUCAUUCGCGAAACGUAUUAACACGCAUCGUCUUCGUAACAUUCGUACGGGAUCACCUCGUCGUUCUUCAUCGUAAAAUUUCGUUUCGGCCAAACUCACGUAGGUUUCUUUCUUUUCAGAACUCGAUCAGACGAAAUAUACGAUAAAGACGAACCGCUUUCCUCGAUCCGAAAAAUUUAAUCGCUAAACCACAUUCCAAUCUUUCUAAAGCGUAGCAACAAACGCCAUAGCUGUUAAAUUUAUCGUGGAAGAAUCGUUUAACGAUAAGCCGAGAGACAGGAAGACAGGGAUUUCUAUAAGAAGCAUAACGACCUAUCGAGGUCCCUCAAGGUUAGCGACGAACAUUCCACGAGCACACACAUUCCUAGGUCGUGCACGCGUACGAUAGAUUCGCGAAAACCCGGACAAAGAGUAUCGGCAAUUUGUAUUUCAUGUUAAUGCGAAGCUAUUCAAUUUCCCGUAGAAGGUGAACCGUCGGUGAAACAGGAAACCGGGUAAAGGAAUUGAAGGCGACCGAUUUUCUACAAAGGCCCCACCUAGAGAAAUUAGCAUUUCAAGUGCCUUAACAGACGUCAACUGACACCUAACUAAUCGAGGCUACGCGUUCGAAUUGAAAUCACCUUCUGCGAUCGAAUGGACGCUUUCGGCCACUCGGUUGACACACUUCGGUUAAAAAAAGGCGACGUAAAGUGGGAACGAGGGGCAGAGAAAAAUGGAUCGGCAUAAAAUUUCCAUUGGCGAUGAUUGAUAAUUCGAAACGCGGUACGUUUGUGUAUUCGUCCGAGGGAUUUACAAAUAGCGUAUAAAUCGGUUGGAAGAUUUCGGUAUUCGAUCGUUAAAAGAAAAACAUCUGUUCGCGUUCUUUAAUUUUAAUUAAGUUUUAAGAUUGGGAAAAAUGAAAAGUCUUUAAAUCAAAGAAUUUUCUCGAAAAGAAUUCGUCUUUCGACAAGGUCUUUCAAAAGUUCAACCCUCCGACGUCGAUCGUUUGGAUCGUCGUUGCUCGAUCGUUCGAUGGGUGUCGACGUACCUGAAUUCGUUGUUAGAUUGUUGAUUUCAUCAUAUUCUCGUGCGCUUACACGGCUGUCGGAAAGAAUUCCAGCGUGGCGUAUUAAUAAUUUAAGAGGUGCUCUUAACGAGCGCGUUCGAGUGAUGUUUAAUGGCCGCGCGAGAGAUCGAGCGAGCGAUCCUUCGAAAACUUGUCUGAUAAAAAAAGAAAAGAGUAGGAAAAAGUCACGAUGUAUCGAGCUUUUCGAAGACGUAGCUGACAGGUCAGUCCGUCAAACUAGCGAUGAUUUUCCAUUCUUCGCUUCAAGGGCCAGUAAAAUGAUACACACAACGCGUACACACACACACACACACAUAUACGUCGGUCACUAACAUGCAUACCUUAUGAAGCAACCACACGUAUAAAUUGCAUCCUUAAUCUGCGAUCAUGCGCGGUGCUCAAUCUCUCUUGGUGCUUUCGUACGUUGAAUUUGACGUGCGUACAUCGUGGACAAUACGAGGUCGAUUCUUAAAGAUCCAUUACGCAGGAGCGCAAAACGUAUCGUUGCGAGAGGUGUGCACGUGUUUGCGUCUAGGAGAUGUCGAGCCACAUAGGAAACGAAAAGCAAUAGCAAGUAAUAUAUUUACACACGUAGUUAAGUAUAUUCCACGAGUUAUACAACGUUAGUUAAUUGCCUGAAACGCAACUUUAAAACGCCAUCACUUUCGAACUCAGGAAACGAAAAUGGCUAACGAGAACGAAUCCAAUUGAUCGAUUUUGAUUUCUCUUUUACGAAAGAAUUGUCGCGUUUUAUGUGGUCCAAGAAUCUCCAACGAUGAAAAAAAAAAAAAAAAAGAAAACUACGCGAACAGAAACACAGGCCGGUGAUUAAUAAUUUACUCAGAUACGGAAAUUCUCGUUAAGAAAAAGAAAAAAAAGGAAUAAAACGGAACUACUAGAUCGUAAGGAUAGAUACUAGCAGAUAGUAAUACUUGUACAUAGUAUGUAAAAUUAUCCGUUGAUCAUCACCGAUAGUAAAGCAACGGAUCAGCGUAGCAUAAUUUUUCUCGCAAUAAUGUAAUCAAUGGGGGCCAGUAAUUCUCUCUCGGAUCUCGCACGGUGUUAUACACUGCGAGGCGCGUGGCGUACCCUUUUUCUCAGCGAAUUUUAGAUGCAGUCGAACAUACACAAUACACACACCAUAUACAUAUACACAGUUUCGUCGCGCGUGUUUCUCGUCGAUUGUUCGAACGCGAGCAGCGAAUGAGAACGAUCGAACCUCGCGCGGAAACGCUUUCAGGUUCCUAGAACAGGUGUAAACGAUCGCAUCGAAUGGUAACACGAAUAUGUUGGAUGUACCGCGAUGAAAAUCCGUGGGUCAUCGAUGAACGUGUUUCUAUUGGACGCCGGAACACACGCGAACGCUCGACUGUCGUCGAAGUUGGGAAGGUUUAAAGGGACAGUUUUAACAGUCGCGCGCCACCAACUAUUACUUUAUAAGAAUAUAUGUAACUGUAUAUGUCGCGUAGAGUUGCGUAGGAUCGAUAAUAUAAUAUAUUACACUACGACUCACUCUGUAUAAACGAAGGCAUUAUUAUAACUUUGUACUUUCUAAUUAUACAUUAACCGCGUCGCUUGAGGACGGUCGCUAUUCGUACCGCGCACGUCGGCAGGGGAGGUUCGUUAGUGCAUUAAAAGAAAAAAAUAUAUAUAUUAUAUAUAUAUAAAUAAAAAUCUAUAUAUAUAGAUAAAUAUAGAUAUAUAUUGUAAAUGUGGUUGUAAUCUUAUUACUGUUAUAUCGAUAUAUCGAUGUCCUUGAUUUGGAUAAUUUAUUUAUUGCGAUGUGAACCGAAACGAAGAUCGUGUAAUUAUCGUAUACCGCGGAAAAGAAGAAAAAAAAAAGAAAAGAAAGAAAGAAAGAGCAAACUGAUUAUUGAAGUAAUAGCGAAAUAUUAUUAAUACGCACGAAAUUAUAUAUUUAUACAACGUUAUCGACACAAGGACACGUCUCAGAGGCGCGUCUCGUCGCGUGAAAGUCCUAAAUUGUGAAUCACGUUUGUGACAGUAUGGUCGAGCGGAUAUUUAAAUAUCGUACUUCGCGAUUCCCACUGAGGAAGUAAAAAUUAUUGUAUCGUAAGAGGGCGGUCCGUGGCCCCGUACGUGUCCAUUAAAUAAAUUAUAUCGUCGACAUAAUCGCUACCACACAAGGUGUCACGUGCGUCCUGUGCGGUACAAUAUCGCGCCAGUCGAUAAUCUUAUUAUCGAAAUGAUGGUUACAUAUUUUAGAUAAUCCUAUUAUCAUUAUCAUUAUUACGAUUCUUAUUAUAAUUGCUACUAUUACUAUUAUUAUUGUAUUUGGCAGGGUUACGACAUUAAAAUCGUAAAAAAAGAAAGA